AUGCGUGAAAGACGCCGUCUACGCAAAGUCAACGAUGCCUUUGAGGUAGUAAAGGCGCGUACAUGUCCAAAUCCACACCAGCGGUUGCCGAAGGUAUCAAAAGUAGAGAUACUUAGAGGAGCUAUAGAAUAUAUAAAUAUGCUCGAACAUUUAUUACAAACACACGCUAAGAUGGAGCCUAUACUUGCUACAGCUUUACAGCACAAUUCAACAGAAAUAAAUAGAGGGGAUAACAAUGGCGGGGAUGUGGGGGAUGUUCAAGGUUCUGCUUCUGGGCAAAAUCAAAUGCUGGAAACAUGUGGAAAUGGGGAAUUUUGCUUGAAUAACUUCCCUUCAAUAGUCCAUAGCUACUACAAAAAUAGAGGGUUAUACGAAACUGUGUGUAUGGAUGCACCACCAACCCCGUCAAUACAACACACACCCGGCUGUUGCCAUUUGGAACAUUCUGGGCAUCAAAUGAAUAGCAUGGCCUAUUUCGAACAACAACACCAAAUGCUAACAAACAACAACAUGUUUGGAAAUAACAAUUGUAUCCAUCACAAUCACCAUCACCACCACCCCCAUCACAAUCUGAACAACAAUUUUUCAUCUUCCUCAAUGCAUGGAGAUGUGUUGCCUAUGCCAAGUACUCCUCCAGCUAUUAGGCGAACAACAACAAAGGGACGGGGAGGUCAACGGGGUGGUGGAAAGAUUGGAGGGCGAGGAAGAGGACGUGGUGCCUCAACUUCUUCAAGAGCCAUCGCAACGGCGUUAGCCACAGCAGAGCGCCAACAACAACAACAAAACUUGGUCGCUAUAAUAAACGAGCAACAACAAAAACAUGAAAGUUUACAAAAACAUGAGAAUUUACAAAAACAUGAAAACUUACAAAAACAUCAAAUAAACCAACCAAAACAUCAACAAAAAGAAGAGGAAAACAAAUCAGAAUAUCAACAAAAACAUUCACAACAACAAAAACAUUCAAAACAAGAAGAAAACAUUUCAGAAUUUCAACAAAAACAAAAUCAGAAUUUAAAACAAACAUCAUGUUUUGACAAAAACAAUGUUGUGACAACAGAUUCUGGGAAUGUUUAUCAGAAUUUAAAAUCAACAUCAUGUUUUGACAAAAACAGUGUUUCUGUUGUUCUGACAACAAAUUCUGAAAAUGUUUGUGCUCCCCCAAACAUCGCAAAUGUUUCUUUAAAUAAUUCUGGUUUGUCAACAACAAAUGUUUGUGUUCCCCAAAACAUCCCCUCAAAUGUUUGUGUGCCUGUUUCUAAUGAAAAUGGGAAAACAACACAACAAUUUAAUUUUGCGUCAGAACAACAACAACAUUAUGACGAACAAGAAACAUCGUUUCUGGUUCCCAUUGAAGAAAAUCAGAAUUUAAAACAAACAUCAGAAUUAAUUUCAACUCCCCCAGCAAUAACGGGGGAAACAGAAAAGCUAAUGGAAGGUGUAAAUAUGGACGUUUCGGCGCCGGAAAAGAAAUUGAAAAUAGACGAUACUGUAGAAAAUUUUAAUUAA